CUUGGUUUUGUGACGCGUCCCACGUGUGUUCUACACGAAAAUAAAUAACACGCGCGAGCGCGCUCAGCCGACAUUCCUUCAGUCCGCGAGACAUAAAAAUGCUGCAUUUCAUCUGUCUCCUACAUCAGCACUUUAAUUCGCGGGUUAAUGUCGAUAUGAUAUAAUGCGGAAUGUUUGGAUGACCUUCUCAUCGGAAGCGCUGGGAAUGUGUCUCCAGUUUUUCCAGUUUGAUUACAGGCACCUGGAAGCCCGUAAACCAUAAAGCAACUCUUCAAUGCAGCCCGACACGGACGAAUGCUUAAGUAUUAUUAUCAUCAUUCAUCAUAAUGGACUGUCUAUCACGCACUGCGUACUGGCCUCUUAUUCGCUUUCUGCUGCCACUGGCCAUUACUAAUAUAGCCAUAGACUUCGGAGAACAGGCUCUGAACAGGGGCAUCGCUUCUGUAAAAGAGGACAAGGUUGAGAUGUUGGCCAGCUAUGGUCUGGCAUACUCGCUCAUGAAGUUCUUCACUGGACCAAUGAGUGACUUUAAAAAUGUGGGACUCGUGUUUGUCAACAGUAAGAGGGAGAGGACCAAGGCGAUCCUCUGCAUGGCUGUGGCGGGGGUCAUCGCCAUCAUUCUCCACAUCCUCAUUGCUUACACAGAUCUGGGCUACUACAUCAUAAAUAAGCUCCACCAUGUGGAUGAUUCAGUUGGAAACAAGACGAGGAAGGCCUUUCUGUACCUCGCAGUAUUUCCAAUAUUAGAUGCAAUGGCGUGGAUUCAUGCUGGCAUCCUCCUGAAGCAUAAGUACAGUCUGCUAGUAGGAUCUGCCUCCAUCUCUGAUGUUGUUACACAGAUAAUAUUUGUGGCGAUCCUUCUCCAGAGUAACCUGGAAUGCUUAGAGCCUCUUCUUAUUCCCAUUCUCUCUCUGUACAUGGGAGCUCUGGUGCGCUUCACUAUCGUAGGACUGGGCUACUACUGUAACAUCCACGACAACAUCCCAGAAUCAAACAGUCUCGAUCAGGGGGGCGAUGUCACCAUAAGGAAGAUGCUAAGUUUCUGGUGGCCGCUUGCACUCAUUUUAGCCACUCAGCGCAUCAGCCGACCCAUCGUCAAUCUGUUUGUCUCUCGGGACCUCAAGGGCAGCGCUGCAUCAACUGAAGCGGUAGCAGUCCUCACAGCUACAUAUCCGGUGGGUCACGUGCCCUACGGCUGGUUAACAGAACUACGUGCCGUCUAUCCAGCUUUUGAUAAGAAUAACCCUUCCAAUAAGUUUGCCAGUGGUCUGACAGUCACCACAACACACAUCAAGAGGUUCACACUCUGCUGUUUGAUUCUCUCCUUAAUGAUGUGUUUCAUUAUAUUCUGGACCCCUCAUGUUUCUGAGCGCAUCCUGGUCGAUGUCAUUGCGGUGGACACGGCCUUCGCUCAGCUCUGCAUCAUUCCACUGAGAGUCUUUUCCUUCUUCCCUCUACCUGUUACGGUUCGAGCUCAUCUAACAGGCUGGUUAAUGACAUUAAAGAAAACCUUCGUCCUGGCACCUAGUUCAGUUCUGCGCAUCAUUGUGCUCAUCUCCAGUCUUCUGGUGCUGCCGUACAUGGGGGUUCAUGGUGCCACACUGGGAGUGGGGUCUUUAUUAGCAGGAUUUGUGGGAGAAUCCACCAUGGUUGCAGUGGCUGCCUGUUAUGUGUACCGAAAACAGAAAACCCCAGAAGCAGAAACGGUUGUGGAGGAGAAUAACUCUUCCCCAAUGACUGAAAUCACUUCCAGGAUGACUGAAAUCACUUCCAGGACAGAGUUAGACGUCAUUGAGGAGGCUGAGAAUGAGCUGACGGAAAGAGAAGAUGAGUGAAUCAAAGCAUUGAAAGAAUACUGCAUACAUGUUUUUUCUUUCAUUUGGAGGUGGUGAAGAGGUGGAUCUCUGCAGCAGUCCAGUGUCUUUUGGAUUUGUGACAGAUUUGCAUGUCUACAUCAAAUGCACUCCUGCACUUUUUAAACUGGGGCAUUUUUACAGACGUCUUCCAGAGUUUCUGUUCCGCAGCCUGUGGACAUUUUUGGGGGGAAAUGGAGAAAAAGUGCAACAAAGAGACAUACUGUUUGCCACUUGCAUUGAGAUGCACAUCGAAUGCGAACACUUUCAGUGUAUUAUAAAUUGCUUAGAAGGAAUAUAUUUUACUGACUUGUGGCACAGACUAGAUUCGAUAAGUAUAUUUCAAUUGAUUUAUUUUUGUAUUCAAUGUACAAAUGUUGUAUACUUUGCAAAUGUCACUAUGUAGUUAUAUAAUACAGUUCUGAAGUACAGUAGACUUGGAGUUUUUAUGAACGCAUGAUCUCUGAUCAAGUCAUCUGAUCCAGUAUUUUGUGCUGGGACCACAUUAAAAAAUCAAUUUUAUUUUGUUUUCCAGAUCUUAGAAAUGAACUAUACACUUUUCUUUUAAUAUGUCUUUUGUUAACCCCCUCAGACCUGAAUUAUGUUUCAAGUUUCUGAAAAAUAUAAAAGAACAUUUUCCCAGUUCAUGAGGUUUCUAUAAAUGAAAACAAAU